AAAUGAAAGAUUAAACGUGUUAUUAGCAGAGGAGAGCUGACGAGCGGGUCAGACAGAGACAGACGGUCUACCUGGUCAUGGAUCUCCUGCUGAUGCUGUUGCUGUUGCUGUGGAGCUCAGGACUCCAGGCUGAAGAUAAACACCAAUCAACAGAGCCUGUCAGGUUGGUGGGAGGAGCCAGUCGCUGUGCAGGUACACUGGAGGUGAAACAUGGAGAGUGGAGACCAGUGAGAUACUCUUUCUGGACCCUGAAGGAAGCAGCUGUUGCCUGCAGAGAAUUGGACUGUGGCUCUGCUGUUUCAACAGGAAGAAGAUUUGAGUCCUCACGUAGACCUGUAUGGAGGAUCAACCCUAACUGUCUUCAGUCUGGAUCUGCACUGAGGGACUGUGCAUCAUCACAUUCUUCUUCCUCCAUCAUGGAGCUCACCUGCUCAGACUCUGUCAGGCUGGUGAAUGGGACUAGUCUGUGUUCAGGCAGACUGGAGGUGAAGUCUGAGCAGUUGUGGUCCUCAGUGUGUGAAGCUGAGUUUGACCAGCAGGAUGCAGAGGUGGUCUGUAGGGAGCUUGGCUGUGGGGCUCCUUCAGUCCUCCAGGGGGCGCUCUAUGGAGAAGUGGAGGCUCCAAUGUGGACCAAAGAGUUCCAGUGUGGAGGCAAUGAGUCUGCUCUCCUGGACUGUAGAAGAUCAGACUCAGCUAGAAGAACCUGCUCACCUGGUAAAGCUGUUGGACUCACCUGCUCAGAGCCGGUCAGGUUGGUGGGAGGAGCCAGUCGCUGUGCAGGUACACUGGAGGUGAAACAGGGAGAGUGGAGACCAGUGAGUGACUCUUACUGGACCCUGAAGGAAGCAGCUGUUGCCUGCAGAGAAUUGGACUGUGGCUCUGCUGUUUCAAAAGGACGCCGAGAUGAGUCCUCAUACAGACCUGCAUGGAGGAUCAGACCUGACUGUCUUCAGUCUGGAUCUGCACUGAGGUACUGUUCAUCAUCAGGUUCCUCUUCCUCCAUCAUGGAGCUCACCUGCUCAGACCUGCUGCUUCAGCCAAUCAUCUCUGUGUCUCCUACCAUGGACGGGGUCUCCGGGGCCCAGCAGCAGGGGUUUCAGGUUCUCCAGGGCUCCAACUUCACCAUCAGCUGCUCCGUCCAGCCUCAGUACCCAGGAGGCUCCUUCCAGCUCACCUUCACCUCCUCCAACACAACACACAACUACACCCAGCCAGCUGUCAAUCACUCUGCUGACUUCCUGUUUCCUGCUGCAGACCCCGCCCACCAAGGAAGCUACAGCUGUGUUUAUGGCGUCUAUGUUUUUUCUCAUAACUUCUCCUCUGAGAGCCGUCUGCUCUCUCUCACUGUCACAGAUCCAAAGGUUUUCAUCAUCAGACUGGUCGUCCUGCCGGUGGCUCUGCUGCUGUCUAACACUGCCCUCUAUUUCAUCCUGAAGGCCAGCAGGGGGCAGAAGUCAGACCCACAGGAGAACAUUGAGCUGGAUUAUUACAACCUGGGUGUUUCCAGAGCUGAAGGAGAGCCGGCUGGAGAGGAAGGAGCUUGGGGAGCAGAGUAGGACCUCCGAGGAGCCACACAAACCCUCUGAAGAAGAAAAUCAUGUUUGGUUUCAUCUCUCCUCUCAGUCUGACAGGUUUUUGCAGCCCAGCACGGCGAGGAAUGACGUCCAUAGUGUUCGAUUCCACAGCUUCUGAUUUCCAUCCAGCACCAACGCUCAGUGCCAAAACAGGAAGUAGUAAGACCUUUAUUAAAACCACUAGAAGAAGAGCAGAGAGGAGAUCUGAUCUGUAUAUAAUUAUAGUUUGACAGAAUAUUAAUCUCUCGUGUGAACGGCUGUAACAUUUUUACUUAACCCUUUACGUACUGUUCAUAUUCUAUCAUCACAUACUGUUCAUAUUCUAUCAUCACAUACUGUUCAUAUUCUAUCAUCACAUACUGUUCAUAUUC